AGACUUUUUGAUACGUUUUUCUAUGAAAUUUAAUCAUUUUUUUUGCAACCAUGUUACAUAAAACAGCCUUUUAGAAACAGGCAAUCUCAGCUGUAGACAUUUUUGACAACCAGUUAGGAAUGUUUUUACUUAUUGGACUGUACAAUGCUUAUUUUGUAUAUAAAUAUAAAGUGUUUCAAAAGUGCAUGUAUGUUACAUAGUUAUAGUAAUGGAAAUAUAUGUGAAAAGGGCAUACAAUUUGGUGAAGAUAAAACACAAAUAAACGAGCAAAUAACUUGAAAACUAUUGUUAACUGUAUAGUCUUGGUUUUGCAACUCUCAAAGCCUGAAAUUUAACGUGUAGGUAUAUAAAUGAUCAGGUUUAUCUAAAGACUAUGGAUAUUCCAAUAACGGUACAUCCAUUAACACAUGAUCCGACGGCAGCUUGGAAAGAAAUUUCAAAGACUCAACGUGUCAUUAAAGUUCAUAUGAGUCAACCACAGACAGAGAAAGGACCUAAUAAAGUCCGUGUCGUAUGUAUGAGUGAUACACAUUCGUUAACAUCUUAUUUGAGAUUUGAUAUACCAACUGGUGAUAUAUUUAUUCACGCUGGCGACUUUACCAAAUGUGGUAAACGUGAAGAAGUUAUUGAGUUUAACAACUGGAUUUCUACGCUGCCUCAUAAACACAAGUUAGUAAUAGCUGGAAAUCACGAGCUGAGCUUUGACACAAAUUUUACAGAAUAUUCUCGUAAUGAAUGCGCUAAUAGCCGGACAAAACAUACUGGCCACUUGAGUCUUGAAAAUAUGCCCUUGUUGGGAAAUCCCCAAGAGGACAUAGAAAUUGCUUUGAAAACAAAAAAUAUUCGGGAAGUUCUAACCAAUUGUACAUAUAUAGAAGACCAAUUAGUAAAUGUAAUGGGCAUCCGAAUAUAUGGUACCCCUUGGCAACCAGAAUUUUGUAAAUGGGCAUUUAAUUUGCAACGAGGUGAAGCAUGUUUAAACAAAUGGAACCUUAUACCCAAUGAUGUAGAUAUAUUGGUAACGCACACACCUCCCAUAGGUCAUGGAGAUUUGUGCUGCUCUGGCAUUCGCGCCGGCUGUGUUGAAUUAUUAACUACUGUUCAGAAACGCGUCAAACCUAAAUACCACGUGUUUGGCCAUAUUCAUGAGGGCUACGGUAUUACUUCAGAUGGAAAUAUUAUCUAUGUGAACGCAUCCACUUGUGAUAUAAAUUAUAAGCCUCAGAAUCCACCUAUUGUAUUCGAUGUAUCUUUACCACGUACUGCGCUUAAAGAUAAGCUAUAAAAAUAUUACUACCAAGCAAAAAUAAUUGACGUGUUAACGUUAAAAACAUUUUUACGUUCUAAAAGUGAAAAUUCCACCCUUGGGAAGGCUAUAGUUUUUAAGUUAGUUGAUUAUCAAGUUUGUAAAGUUGCCCAAAAAUGCUCCUAUUUUGGUUUUUUCAACAAGCAGGAAGUGCUUAAAAAUAAAUAACAUAUAAGUAAAUGAACAAUGAUACAUAAAUAAAAAUACAAAAUUUUUGA